AAUUAAGAGAUACUGCAUUGUAACAACAUUACCCCUAAUUGUGGUGAGCAGUAUUUACGCGGAUUAUAACCGUACUCAACUAUUUAAGGCUAAAGUCAAAAAAGAAAAUGUUCUAUCCAAUUAUUCCUAAAGGAAUAGGCUGGGCAGUCUUUCCAGCUGUUGGGUUUGCUAUAGGUUGGUACUUAGAUAAGCAAGAAACAGAGCGACUUUCUCUCUUCCGAGAUAAGAGCGCGCUUUAUGGUAGAGUACUCAAGGAAGGAGAGAAACCUAGCUGGUAAUUGUAGAUAAAUUUGUAGUAAUAUAGUAUGUAAAUAUU